AACGGCGGCGGUGGCGGCGGCAGCGACGGCGGUGCUGGGGUUGGCGAGCUUUGGGGCUGCCGGUCCCGCGGCGGUGCCUGCUAGGGACCCGGACCGCGGGUGGAAGCAGGAGACGCGCGGCAGCGGUUCUCGGCGAUGGUGGGCGUCCCUGGAGCGGCCGCCUUCCAGCUUGGUCCUGAGAAAAGAGUACCAGCAAUGCCUGGAUCGCCUGUGGAAGUGAAGAUACAGUCAAGAUCCUCACCUCCCACCAUGCCACCCCUCCCACCAAUAAAUCCCGGAGGACCCAGGCCAGUGUCAUUUACUCCUACAGCAUUAAGCAAUGGCAUCAACCAUUCUCCCCCUACCCUGAACGGUGCCCCCUCACCACCACAGAGAUUCAGCAAUGGUCCUGCCUCUUCCACAUCAUCUGCACUAACAAAUCAACAAUUGCCAGCCACUUGUGGUGCUCGGCAGCUCAGCAAGUUGAAACGCUUCCUCACCACUCUGCAACAGUUUGGCAAUGACAUCUCACCUGAGAUUGGGGAGAAGGUGCGGACUCUUGUUCUAGCACUGGUGGUAAGUACAGCAUCCCUGGCCAAUUUCCACUGCAAGGUAAAGGGAAAUACAAAUUUCUUACUUAAAGGAAACACCCUGCCUCUUCUUUUCAAGGCCAACCUGCCCCUGCUGCAGCGAGAACUGCUGCACUGCGCUCGGGCCGCUAAGCAGACCCCAUCCCAGUACCUGGCUCAGCACGAACACCUUCUGCUCAACACAAGUAUCGCGUCUCCUGCUGACUCUUCUGAGCUGCUCAUGGAAGUGCAUGGAAACGGAAAAAGGCCCAGUCCAGAGAGGAGGGAAGAGAGUAGUUUUGAAAGAGAUACCAUUGCUCCUGAGCCUCCUGCCAAGAGAGUGUGUACCAUCAGCCCUGCUCCCCGGCACAGUCCUGCCCUCACUGUGCCCCUCAUGAAUCCUGGGGGCCAGUUUCAUCCUACUCCUCCGCCUCUUCAGCACUACACCUUAGAAGAUAUUGCAACUUCCCACCUGUAUCGUGAACCCAAUAAGAUGCUAGAACAUCGAGAAGUUCGUGAUAGACACCACAAUCUUAGUCUAAAUGGAGGCUAUCAAGAUGAGUUGGUAGACCACCGUUUGACAGAAAGGGAAUGGGCUGAUGAAUGGAAACAUCUUGAUCAUGCCCUGAAUUGUAUUAUGGAAAUGGUAGAGAAAACAAGGCGCUCCAUGGCAGUUCUGCGGCGCUGUCAGGAAUCUGAUCGUGAAGAACUCAACUACUGGAAAAGACGAUAUAACGAAAACACAGAGAUGAGGAAAACGGGGAGCGAGUUGGUCUCCAGGCAGCACAGUCCUGGGAGCGCAGAUUCUCUCAGCAAUGAUUCUCAGCGGGAAUUCAACAGUAGGCCAACAACAGGAUAUGUACCUGUGGAGUUUUGGAAAAAAACUGAAGAAGCUGUGAAUAAGGUGAAAAUUCAGGCCAUGUCAGAAGUACAGAAAGCCGUUGCUGAGGCAGAGCAAAAAGCCUUUGAAGUGAUUGCAACAGAGAGAGCUCGGAUGGAGCAAACCAUAGCAGACGUGAAACGGCAGGCUGCAGAGGACGCCUUCCUCGUCAUAAAUGAGCAGGAAGAGUCAACGGAGAACUGCUGGAACUGUGGCCGCAAAGCCAGUGAGACCUGCAGUGGCUGCAAUAUCGCACGAUACUGCGGCUCUUUCUGCCAGCAUAAGGACUGGGAGCGGCACCACCGCCUCUGUGGUCAGAACCUGCACGGCCAGAGUCCCCACAGCCAGAGCCGGCCACUGCUUCCUGGAGGGAGGGGCUCCUCAGCCCGGUCUGCCGACUGCAGCGUGCCAAGCCCGGCCCUGGACAAGACCUCGGCAACCACCUCGCGCUCCUCGACACCUGCCUCUGUGACAGCCAUCGACACCAACGGACUCUGAGCCCCAGACUCACUGCCCCCUGAUGACCGUGCAGCAUGGCAGAGCACCGCACGGGGGGGCUGCCUAUUUGAACCACUGCAAGUGGCUUUUGG